AUUAAGAAAAUUGUAUGUCCAAAUCCUUUUCACGAUAACUAGUCCAACAAAAAUCACAAGAAAAACGAAAUCUUUCUCAAAUUUUUGAGCCUGCCAAUAUCUGUGCUUCAUCCCUUCAGCAUAACAGCACAAAGGUGAAAAUUUUCUUUCUUGAAUCCUUUCAAACACAAAAUCAUAUAGAAGGGUCGUAAAUUCCCGUAUGUUUUCUUGUUCUUGAAUUGCCAUUUGCGUCUUCCUUCAACCCAAGAUUGGUGAAUCCCAUUGUUAAAACAUAUCACAGAAAGAUGAUUUCUUGAAUUCACAUAUUUUUAUAAGGUCUCAAAGAAUAUAUAGCCAGAUAUGGAGAUUGAUAAAGCAAUAAGAGAAAGCGAUGAUCGAAGGCUGAAGACCAAGUACAAAAAUGCAAUCCAUGUUAUCCAAAGGGCUCUUGCUCUUUACUCUUUUGAAGAGGUUGCUUUCAGCUUCAAUGGUGGAAAAGAUUCAACUGUUCUGUUGCACCUACUCAGGGCAGGCUAUUAUUUGUACACGUCUGGAAAAUAUCAUUCUAUUGGUGAUCCUGAUGACUGUGAAAUCACAUUUCCAAUACGAAUAAUUUAUUUUGAGAGUCCAUCUGCGUUCCCAGAAAUAAAUUCAUUCACUUAUGACACAGCCACUGCUUUCAAAUUGCAAAUGGACAUCAUUCGCCUGGAUUUCAAGUCGGGUCUGGAGGCUCUUUUAAAAGCUAAGCCUAUAAGAGCUAUUUUUCUUGGUGUCCGAAUUGGAGACCCUACUGCGGUAGGUCAAGAGCAGUUCUCUCCCAGCUCGCCUGGAUGGCCACCUUUCAUGAGAGUGAAUCCAAUCCUUGAUUGGUCAUACAGAGAUAUUUGGGCUUUCCUCUUGACUUGCAAGGUUCGAUAUUGCAGCCUAUACGAUCAGGGUUAUACUUCAAUUGGUAGCAUUCAUGACACAGUUCCUAAUGCUUUGUUGUCCAUUGGCAACUACAACAACAGUGAAAUAAAAUUCAAACCUGCAUACCUGCUUCCAGACGGAAGAUUGGAAAGAGCAGGUAGAAUAAAAAAAUUAUCUUCUCUUCCAUUAUCUGCCAUUAGCAAUGGUUUGAAAAGUGAGGAUCCACAUCGGAAAUGCAUGCUCACAGCCACAGUCAUUGCUGUGGGAGAUGAAAUUCUGUUUGGCACUAUUGAGGAUCAGUUAGGAUCAACUUUGUGUAGAAAGCUCCAUUCCAUAGGUUGGGCUGUAUCCCAAUUUGCUGUAACCCAAAAUGAUGUUGAUUCUGUUGCAGAGGAAGUCGAGAGGCAAAUGUCGAGAAAUGACAUGGUGUUCAUAUAUGGAGGAGUUGGUCCAUUGCAUUCAGAUGUCACUGUAGCAGGAGUUGCAAAAGCAUUUGGUGUUCGAAUGCUGGCAGAAUGGUGCUUGACAAUGUUUUGCUUCCCUGCUAAAGAACACUGGCGUACUCUUAUUCUAACCGUGUGCACAUUUACAAAUACUAACUUUAUUACCUUGUUCGAUUAUCUAUCAAAGGCACCUGAUGAAGAAUUUGAAGAAUAUUUAAGGCAUCUCAUUGGUGAGAAGUGCACAGGGGACAGGAAUGAGAUGGCACAGUUGCCUGCGGGUAUCACCGAAUUGCUGCAUCAUGAACAGCUUCGUGUGCCUCUGAUCAAGUGCCAAAAUGUGAUCAUACUUACUGCAACGAAUGUUGAUGAGAUGGACAAGGAAUGGGAUUGUUUGAUUGAAUUUAUGAGAUCCAGCAGUCCUUUAGUAGCCGUAGAACCAUUUGUAUCAAAGCGACUGGCAACAACUCUUUCUGAUGUGGAAGCAGCUCAUCCUCUUUCAGAAAUCUGUAUUGAAUUUCCUGAUCUUUACAUUGGAGGUUACCGUGAAUCAAGAAAAGGGCUUCUUGUUGUCACUUUUGAAGGAAAGGAGCAAGAGAGAAUAAAUGGUGCUGUGGAAGCAUUACGCAAGAAGUUUCAGCCAGGAUCAUUCUCUGAAAUUAACUGAACAUGAAAUGUCUCUGGUAGUAGGCCUCCAGAUUGUGGCCUGAAAGUAAUCACCAUGUUUGGGGGUUAAAUUUUGUGAGGAAGAAUAUUACAGGAUAGAAAAACUAUUCUUCAAUCACUACAGAUGAAAUUGUGUAGCCAUAUCAACUACGUAAACUUGCUAAUCUUCCCUUAUUUUUGUCAUCAAUUAUGGUUUAUUUCAUUAUUUCUA